UUCUAAAUGAUUUUUCCCAUGGCCAAAAAUGCACUAAGUCAUCUUCGAGUUCGAAGCAUUCAGCAAACGAUGGCAAGGCAAACCCACCAGAAAUAUGCACCUGAUUUCCAUGACAAUAUGGUAAUGCUUGUGGAGCUACUUACUGUCUAUGUUGCUGUAUGGACACAUACAGCAACACAAACUGGCACAGAAUGGAACCUGUCCCCUGUAGGCAGAGUCACCCCAAAGGAAUGGAGAGAUCAGUAG